GUGACUUCCGUGUUGUUAGCCAGGUCCAGCAGUUGAGGACAACAAGGCCGGACUCGAUGUCGGUGUCAGUGUGGAGACAGGAAGGAGACGUGAGGCUUGUGGUGAACACUGGGCCCUGAAGUCCCCGUAGCCCGGGUUCCAGAUUUUGAAUUCGCACACACAGGUCACACUGGAUGGGUGGCCUGGUAACAUUUUAGGCCAGCUGUUCUCGUCCUUUGCACCUGUACGGGUAGCAAAAUGGCCAGUCACUUCCGUAGCUACAUCUGGGACCCAGUUCUCAUCGUGGGCCAGAUUGUGUUGAUGCAGUGCAUCUACUACAGCUUCUUGGGCCUGUGGUUGGCCGGAGUGGACAGUCUGGUGCAUACUAGUCGAUCACUGGACCAGAUCUUUAACUACGAAGCGCUUGGCUUUGCAUCAAUGCAAGGAAGGCUUUCAAUGAUGGCGUUCAUCUUAAACUCCCUCACCAGCGCCCUCGGUCUGUGGUUCUUCAUACGUCGAGGGAAACAGUGUCUGGACUUCACAGUCACCGUGCAUUUCUUCCACAUGAUCGGCUGCUGGAUCUAUAACGCUCAUUUUCCAGCUGCCCUGUCCUGGUGGCUCGUCAAUGUAGCCUGCAUGGCCUUGAUGGCUGUAAUUGGAGAGUACUUGUGCAUGCGAACUGAGCUCAGGGCCAUUCCAGUCAAUAGUGGACCCAAGUCUAACCUGUGAAUUUGUCAACACCAUGAUGAAAAUGUGUGGAUGGCUAACCCUCAACGGACUCGCUCAAUGGACGUUCUUCCACUUUUGGUAAAAGAAAUGGAACAAGACCCUGCAUCUGUUAGAUUGUCAUGCAUUUCCUCUUAAACGGAUACAUUGGAUGAACUGAUCUAUUUAUUCUCUGCCCUUUAAAUGUUGGACAGUGUUAACUCUGACAUAUUAAGAUACAUAAUACUAUGCCUGAAAGAAGACUUUCUGUGAAACUAACAACUGUUAGAAUUUUUUUCUUUGACAACUGGUAACUUUUCCUCUCAAAACUAAGAACAUUAGCACGAUCAUUCCUUUUCCUAAUUUUAAAACAUUUUAAAAUUUAAAGUAUUUUUUCUUUUUCAAAUGCAUUGAAAAGAAAGAUCUGAGAUUAAACCGGGCGUGAAACAAAUGUCCAAACCAGACAUUUUUCCUCUUUCCUCUCUGCUGUGUUGCUGGGGCAGCCAAUAGACAUCAUGACCAUCCUGUCACAGGGUAUUUUGUUUGUUACAUCUCACAGCAAUUUAGAGAUGUAAGUGUGCAAAGUUAUCAGUUAUAUCUUUUUUGUCUUAUACAGUCGCUGGAUAUGAAAAAAUCCAGAUGUUGGAUAAAAAGUCAAAUGUUCAAACUGAAGAUUUUUGAAUUCAGUAAUCGCAGUCAACAUUGUGCUUAGGAGAGUUUUCUCCUUCGAUAUGUCACCAGUAAAAUCAGGCUUCUUUUUACCUAUCUGGAUAAACCUUGUAAACUUCUGUUUGUUCUAGACUUUCAGUACAGUAUUUUGCACAGCUUGUUUGCUUCCCUCUCUUCAUGUCAUGGUGUAUUAUGCAGACGAGGAAGCUACUUGGGGGACAAUUUUUCAGCCACCAGCUGAAAACAUCUGAAACGUGCAGCACUGAUGAUUUCUGGAACAACAUCAGCUUUAUCUCUAGCAUCUUUUAAGACUCUAAAUUACCUUCUUAGUGCGGAAUAUUUGGUCUCUUUAAAGACCAAAUAUUGGAUUUAAAAUCAGGUUUUCAAAGUGGGGUAUAAAUACAAUAUUAUGGUAAUGGUACAGUUGACAUUUUGGUAAAUUUGCUUUCUUUAUUAUUUUAGGUCAAUGCAGUUAUUUGUCAGUGGGUAAACAAGCUGAGCAUGUUUUAAAACUGACACCAGCCCCUCCUUAGCUCACUGUAACAUAUUAUUACCUCUGACACUAUAAUCUUUGCAUUGUUUGUUUCUUCUUCUGAUGGCAGCAGUACUACUAAACAAAUCUCAAAUUAGCUUGUGCAGGGGUGGGGCAUGAAUCAUUGAAGAACUCAUAACCUUUUGAAGUGGAUCUGGAUAUACGGGCUGAUCCAGCAAUGUUUUUCAAAUGAUUUAACAUGGCAGGAUAUAGCUUUAGCUUUGGCACAGGUAUGCAUUGUCUGGGCGCCCUUCAAGUUUCUCAUAGGUUUACUCUGAUCAAAAACUCACAGCCAUGGCACUACUUUAUUUUAGAUGUUAUCGUACAAUUAAAGUAGAUGAGACAUAACAUGUUAAUUAAUGAGCUUUAACAGGUUCUGGUAGUUGGAUUUUGUUACCUCUGCACAGAGCAAAGAAACCAUUUCCUUCCUGUUUUUCUUUUAUGCUACAGACAUGAGAGUGAUAUCUAUCUGAAGGCAACUAUAAGCAAGGAAGCAAACAAGCACAUACUCAAAACUAUUCUUUUAAGAUUUGUUCAAACUCACGACUGCUCUUUCUAAGCCAGUGGCUGUAUUUGAUUAUUUGUAGCCAAGUAUUCCCAAUGCCACCAUUUUAUUCUUUUUUAGCAUAACUUAAGUUUUUAUUUAAACACACAAAACUUGUGAACUGGACCUGUUCAUGUAAUUAUAUUCCCUGGCUUGUUACUAGGCAGAAGCAUUAUAGUUAAAUUGUAAAUAUUUUCCUCUGACAAUUUGAAUUGUGUUUGCAGAAGCAUUAAGACUUUUUUUCUCGCACACUUGCACAAUGCAAGUACCUCUGUGGAUAUGCUGUUUAAUAAAACCGUGCCGGUUUGGAUUGAUCGAAGAGAACGGUGAAUAUGUCAGUCAGAAAUCUGCAGGAGAAAAAUAAUGAUUGGCCGUUAUGCUUCAGACAUCAAAGAUAGACCUUCUAAUGAGGGUCACAACAUGAGCGUGUCUGUGCUCCUCCUCAGGUUUUCCACCUCGGGCUCUGACCUCUCAUUUCCUCCCACCACCGACACCGUAGGAAGUGUCCAGGUGGAAAGGAGCAGAUGGGAGAGUGCUAACGAGUGAAAAACUGCUGGCCGAUCCUCAUUAGCAACACUUUGCUUCAGGGACGACUAAAAACAGAAGCUCAGUUGUAAAUGAGUUGUAGAGCCGAGGACUUACUGCAUCGAUUAAAUACGCCACUGCUUUA